AGGGCAUUGGCUAAACGCUGCUAUCUACUUAGCAACGUGGCUAGACACCUAACGUUAGCAAGCGAGGUGGAUGUGUGAUGUAUUGACAGUGAUCAUUGCAAUAAGGAAUUUAUCUUCCAUGAUCAACUGCGGGGGAACACCAUAAUUUACCUCUGAAUUUGGCUGGCUGUUAUUCCAUCAUGCUUGGGUUACAGGGAAACUCUUCAUCUUCCAAAGUCUACCGCUGUGUGGCAUGUUCAGCCACCUUCACUGGACUAGCAUCUUUGUUAGUGCAUCAAGCAACCCAUGCUAAUUCACUAUCUAAGGUGCCUGCCCCUCCUCCAGCACAGCCAUAUUCCAACUUGCAUGAUAAAGCUGUUCCGUUUAAGAUGUUGCCCAACGUGCAACCCACUCCACCAGUUCCCUUACCUGAGAACACCACCCCAUCUUUUUAUAUUUGUGAUUGUGGAGAGGAGUUUCAGGACUUUAAUCUUAUGUUGGAACACAAGCGUUCACAUAGCUCAACUCCACAGCUGCUGCAGCCCCUGGAUAGUAAUACAGCCCCUCCUGUAGGAGAUGAUUGUGAUCAGAUGAAUCUUGUCCAGCAGAAAUCUCUCAACCCUACUGUUAGCCAACCACAUUCGUCCCCAAGUUACCCCUCUACAUCUCUGUCCCCAGCUCUUGAGGUAACUAUGCCCCCUGAGCCUGAAAGCACAUUGCCAGAUCAAGUGGAUGUAGCUCAAAAGGAAGAGGCUACCAUUGUGGACAAUCCUCAAGAUAACAGCAAAUCUUCUGAAGAUGCAGUUGACAAAGAACCUGAGAAUAUAUCUGCCACAAAAGAGCACCUGCCCGGAGCCAAACAAGACUUGGUUCCCCAGGACAAAACUAUUUCUAUCCCCAGCAGAGGAAUUUCACAUAGUUUGCCCAGAAAUAACAACUUAAUGAAAUUGUUGGCAACAGCCUAUAUGAAACGCUUUCAGCCUCUGCAAUCUCAGAGACCAAGUAAGAAAAUAGUUGCCCCCAAAACAGAAGUAAUCCCAGUUGAGAUAGCAACAGAAUCAGAGUCUUCCACUAACACCAGUCCUUCUGUUGGAGAGUUAAGACAACUGCUUAAAAAAGCUAGUACAAAGACAAAGGCUCCUGCUGUUGGCAGAAUUCUUGAUUCUAGUAAGAAGAGCAUUGUGUCUCUGACCAAGACCCUCUCCCCUGUCGUGCUUCUUGAAACCAGACAAAAGCUCAUUGAUCCUGGCAGUAAUGGCACACAGGGGCGAUAUCAAUGUGGCCGCUGCCGUAAGGUCUUUCAAGACCUGAAAUAUUUGACAGAGCAUAAUUUUCUACACAGGAAAGAAAGAAUUAAAUGCUGUCGUCAUUGCAAACAACUGAUUAUAGGAAAACUGCCCUUUACAGACAAGCACAUCUGUCCACAAUUUGCCAGCAGGUUUGUACAGAAGUCUAGCGCUUUCAGAGGAAAGCUGCCCUUUGUCCAUAAGAUAGGAUCAUUCCAUAAUAAGCAAAUCUAUCUGAAUAAUAAUGCUAAAAAGGUUUUUUUUUGUCCAUUGUGCAAGCACAGCUAUUCACGGAGGUAUAACCUCAAAGUGCACAAGUGUCAGGGCCCAGGUUCAUCCCUCCCUCAGCAUGCCACUUCCUCCAUUCAGAACUCAAUAUUGUUGACAUCAAACAGUCAGGACAAUACUGAUACAGAGAUUACUGAUGGGCUUCAAAUUUCCAAGAGCAUUGCUGUUGGCACUGAAACAACAGAUAGUAUCAAGGUAGAGAUCAUUACAGCAAAUUCAAAACAAUCUGAAAUUUCAGAUUCAGCCUGGUCGGGUUCAGCCAAAAGCUUCUCACCCUUCUAUCUCAAAGCUCCCCUUCUGCAGCAAAUUGAGGAUGGCUCUACAAGCGGCAACUCACAGCAGCAUGAAGAGGAUGGUAACACUGAUGAUGCAGUUUCUCAUGAAGACAGGGAUAGAGGGCAGUGGACAAUGCCCUUGGAUGAUGAAAUGGAAGUGCUUAGUAUUGGAGAGGAUGCAGACAGUGAACCAGAGGUUAAGCAGUCAGUGUCAGAAGAGUCUGAAAAGCCUGCUCAAAUCACACGUUUGCCCUAUUUUAUCAAAGAUGGUGUGAAACGUUACCCUUGCAAUAGAUGUCAGAAGACCUAUAGUAGGCUUUCCACCUUAAGGCGCCAUCUUAGGUUGUGUGGAUUUAGGUCACAUGGAUUUGGGGCAACAUCGCAGAGUGAUGGUGAUGUUAGUAUUUUAGGAGCCACACAACCAUUUACUGAUAAGGUGAAACCUUUAUUUGAUUGUUUUGUCUGCGGGAAGAGUUUUACUCGCAAAGAUAAUAUGUUGGCUCAUAUCAAGAAAUGUAUGCUAAAACGAACCACGUCUGGAAUGGACAGUGUGACAUUACAACCAAAUUUCUCAGGCAGUGGAUCAGAAGGUCAAAUCCAGCAGGAUGAUGUGGGUAAUUGGGGUAUCAUGUCACUGCCCUCCGUGCUUCCCAGGAGGGUGACAUGUGAGUGUGGGGCUGGGUUUACAUCUCCAAGGCUACUCCUUGAGCAUCUGCAGAAGCAUGCGCAGGAGUCCUAUACGUGUCCCACCUGUGGUGAGACAGUCAACUCAUGGGCAGACUACGAAGUUCAUCUGCAGAUUCAUAUGCAUCCUCAUCACCUGCUAUACAAGGGACUGCAGCCACAACGCUCUCAACCUCUGCUGCUCCGUUUUCAACAGCAGACAUCUCAGCAGCAACCAGUUCACCCACAGCAUCAGCCUCCGUUAAAGCAACCACGCCCAUUCCAUCUUCCAGGUCCAAGUAUUAAAAAGCAGCGGAUUGCAUGUAUGCGAUGUAACAAUACCUUCUCCAGCCGCUGUUCUCUACGAAGGCACAUAUCCUUGAAUCGAUGCAAAGGUGGACAGGUUGGAAAUCCACCCAAACCGUAUCGUUGCUCACGUUGCAACACUGAUCUCCCAAAUGCAGUCAGUCUGAUAUUUCACCAGAGGAGUGGAAUUUGUAAGCCAGCCAUUAAGCCGGAGCGCUGUCCUGUGUGUCCUCGCUGGUUUGCCAAUCUGGAGGGUUUACAGAAACACCUGCUCACACACAACCAAUCUCAAUCACAUCACUGUGAUGUCUGUCAAGGUAAUUAUCCAACCCUCAAAUCUCUUAAAAACCACCGCAGGAGAGUUCAUCGUAUCAUGGCUGGAGACUCUGUGCCAAAACCUGAACAGGUAUAAUUGGACUCUUAAUGGCAAUUCAGUUCAUGCAAGAGCUUUAUGUAAAUGUAAAAUGAGCACAUUUUUUUCAAACACCAGUUAUUCCUUCCUAUUUGCCACUUGUACUUUACAAUUACAAUUUCAUUUUGCAGUCGCUUUUAUCCAAAGCGACUGCGUCUUGACAGUUAAUACAACACAUGCAAGGGUUUGGUCAGGAGGCAACAACGCAAAACUUUGUUUGAAAAGUCAUUUCGAUGAUGUACAGUUAGUCCAUUUCUUGUGCUAAAGUGACUUUGAACAUAUAUCAAUGCUACUGUAAACAUUUUUUAGAGAUUACGUAAAUUCAUAUCUUUGCUAUUUAGUCUCAUUAGCAUGUAAAUAUUCCUGAGUACUUGUCAUAUUAGAGAAAUGAAUUUCAUCACAAAGUUAGAGAUGUAGAGUGUUUGCUUGUUCCUGUUGUAAAUAAACAAAUACACAAGUGCAUUCUGUGUCAUUUCACUUUUUGUGAUACUCAAUUUAAAAGUUUCCAUUAUGGCCAUUUUUGCUUAGAGUGCAUGACAGAGUUGAUAUGAGACUAAAAAAUGUUAUUUCCAUCACCCUGUCAAGAGCAUGUCAAAAAUUGCUAUAACAAUUUUGCAGCGAAUAGCGUACUGGUGUCAAAUGUCCUGGUGAUAAAAUAAGAGGAUAAAACAGAAAAU